ACAGAGAGAGAGAGAGAGAGAGAGAGCAAAAGGGAGGGGAGUUUAAACUAAGUGCUAUGUUUUGGGACAGGCUAAUCUGCUAGCGAGCAGUGUGAGGAUCGGAGCGUAUUGUGUGAGCCAGUGUGUGGGGGACAGAUAAGGGAGCCAGCCAGCCCGCCAGCUCGACCCACCAACCCACCGACUGCCUGACUGCCUGUUUUAAUGUGCUGACUCUUGGGAGAUUUAAAAAAGAGAAAAAAAAAAUACAGCAUAUUGACUCCUUAGACGUGUGCGGAGACCCUGGGCACAAACGCCACCACUACAGCCACAGCCAGCAGAAGUGCAUCAACAGACAGGGGAGAGAGAGAAAAAUAUAGAGGACUGAAAAAUCAUAACUCCAAAAUCAGAAAAUUAAAGAGGAUUUUUUAUCCCCCUCUUUUUUUCAAUUGAUUUCAUUUUUUCUUUCUUUCUUUUUUGUGUUCCCGGGACUGACUCCCAACCGUAGACAAGAAAAAGGGGAGCAAAGAACUGAAGAGAAUCUGAAAAUAAAAGGACAGAACGAAAAAAAGCACCGACUCUGAACAUGUUCGAAAUAAGCCGAACACUCAACGCCGCUUUGUUGAGCAAUGAGCAUCUCAAGAUGAUGGCGAGGUACGGGCAGCUCUCGGGACUAGCAGCCAGUGGCGUGGGCUCCGUCCCCGAGACGCACUCGCCGCUAUUUCCCAGGGAUCUCCUGUCAUCGCCAGCCCAGAUGGGCUACAGGUCACCCCUGGGGUCGACAGAGACACAGUGGCGUCAGGCAGAGCUCCCACAGCUCCAGGGCUGGGCAGAGAAGGGAUUGCUGACACAGCCAAAGAUGAUCAUCAGUAACAUGGAGGCUCCAGUGACAAAUGGCCCCAGCGGAGGAGGCACCACAGCCAACGGGCCGACCAACAACAGCCGCGGCUGCCCCUCGCCCAUGCAGACUGGCCCGACAAACGAUGACAGCAAGACCAACCUCAUUGUCAACUACCUGCCCCAGAACAUGACCCAGGAGGAGUUCCGCAGCCUGUUUGGUAGCAUCGGCGAGAUCGAGUCCUGCAAGCUUGUUCGCGACAAGAUCACAGGACAGAGUCUGGGCUACGGCUUUGUCAACUACAUCGAUCCAAAGGACGCAGAGAAAGCCAUCAACACGUUAAAUGGACUCAGACUUCAAACCAAAACGAUCAAGGUGUCAUAUGCGCGACCCAGCUCAGCCUCCAUCCGUGACGCCAACCUUUAUGUGAGCGGCCUGCCCAAGACCAUGACCCAGAAGGAGCUGGAGCAGCUCUUCUCCCAGUACGGACGCAUCAUCACCUCCCGCAUCCUCGUCGACCAGGUCACAGGCCCCGCAGGUGGCUCCCGAGGUGUGGGCUUCAUCCGCUUUGAUAAGAGGAUAGAGGCUGAGGAGGCCAUCAAGGGCCUGAAUGGACAGAAGCCAUCGGGUGCUGCCGAGCCCAUCACAGUCAAGUUCGCCAACAACCCCAGCCAGAAGACCAGCCAAGCCCUUCUGUCACAACUCUACCAGUCCCCCAAUCGCCGAUACCCAGGGCCCCUCCACCACCAGGCUCAGAGGUUCAGGCUGGACAAUUUGCUUAAUAUGGCCUAUGGCGUAAAGAGGUUUUCUCCCAUCACCAUUGACAGCAUGACCAGCCUGGUCGGCAUGAACAUCCCUGGGCACACGGGCACUGGUUGGUGCAUCUUCGUGUACAACCUGUCCCCAGAUUCUGACGAGAGUGUGCUCUGGCAGCUGUUCGGGCCGUUUGGUGCCGUCAACAAUGUCAAGGUGAUCCGUGACUUCAACACCAACAAGUGCAAAGGCUUCGGCUUCGUCACCAUGACGAAUUAUGACGAGGCGGCCAUGGCCAUCGCCAGUCUCAACGGCUACAGGUUGGGUGACCGUGUCUUGCAAGUCUCCUUCAAGACUAACAAGACACACAAGUCCUGAACUUUAACAGGUAGAAGCAGUUGCCCCGCGACUUUGUCUGCUCCAAAAUUGCCCCCAACCUCCCCCCUCACCUCCACCCGUCCCUUAGCCCCUUCAGUCACUACCACUACCACCCUACUACAGCCAUCCAACACAGCAAACUCAAACUCCAACCGGAACACAAAGCAACCGACAAACCAUCAAACAAAUUGAACUAGAAAUGGCUUAUAUUAUAACUUUGGACCUAUAAGCCAAUGUUGCCUAAGUAUUACAAAAAUGAAAUGAUGAAAAUGUUCAUGAGUUUUUGGAAGGUCCUGUGAUAAUGCAGGCUUCUCUUUGUUGUAUAUUCUUUCUGUUUGUUGUGGUUGUUUAAAUGAUUUUUCUCUUCUGUGUAAACAGUAGCAAUUCCCUGUAUCCCCUUAUUUCAGAGAAGAGAAUGUCCUUUUUAGAUUGAAACCUUUUCUCUGUCUUGAUUCAGGAUUUGUUUUCCUUUUGUAAAUCCGGAUCCACUGUCGUUAGUAUUAUAUACCUCCCUGUCGGUGAAAGGGAGGGGGCUCUUUUUUAAAUUGGUGAACCAUUCAUUCAUUUUUAGUGUGUAUUAAAAACUUCCCCUGGUCGAUUAUAGAUGGGAUUCCACAAUCCCAGUAACUCUUAUGUAGAAAAAAAAUGAAUUUCUAACAUUGUUUUUGUUUUGUAUCGCAAACAAAACAUAAUGUCUUUCCUCACAGGGGUUCAGGGAGAUGGGGCGAGGGAGGGGAUGGGUUAGCUUUCCUGAUGACACGUUCAGUAAUUUAAGAAAAAAAAAAAAUAACACUGUUGCCAAAGAGAAGAUCUCUUUGCUUGAAAAAAUGCGUUUAGAAAAAGAUAAAAAUAAAGAGAAAGAAGAUCUAUUUUUAUAAAUGAUAAUUAAAAUAAUAAUUAUUGAAGAAUUUUUACAAGAAUCUGGAUUUGAAAAAAGAGAAAAAUAUUUUGACUGGCUAGCUAGGGGGGGCCGGGGCGGGAGGGAGGGGGCACCACCUUGUCUUGUCGUUCUGCCGUGGUACUUUAUAGGAUCAAAGGUUGUUUGUUUUUUGGGGAAUCCAAGUUGGCAGUGAUUUUGUAGAAGGAAGGUUUUGUGAAAAGGGAUGCAAACUGAGGCAGGUGAUUUUGGUAAUUUUUCACAUAUGUACUAGUGCGUAAUUAUUCAACAGCGAUACCCAAAAGGGAAGGGAGAGGGGUCUUUCCAAGGCCUAACCAUCCUUAUAGUCCAGAGCCCAAAGCAAGAAGACCCUUUGUCCACUUGUUUUCCUGUUUUUGUCAUCAGUCAAUAUGGGAUAUCAGUAAAUAGAUAUAUACACAUCUAUCCAUUUAGAGAGCAUACUAUACAUUAUCUAUAUCAUUUUCUUCGCUCUGCGUUGGUGAACUUACAUUUGAAAAGAACUUCCUUUUAGCGAUCAAACGUAGGUGCUAUACUACAUUAUUCACAUAUCUUAAAUAUCCAAGUUUGUUGUUCUAUGUGUUGUUUAAAGAAAAAAAAAUACUUCGAUGUUGGCAUUGAAUUGAGCUGCUGUUCUUUGUUUAAUAUUUGUUUAUUGUUGGCCCACAAAAAUCUGGUGAGACUAUUUCUUUGCUGAAUAACCAGAUAAACGACUUCGGGCCUUGUAAGAAUCACUGAACAAAUUUUUAUUUUGUAUUUCUUUUGUUUGGCUUGCUGACUUUUAGGUUACUUGCUGAGCGUGAAACGUUUGUCAAAACUUAAUGAUGAUUAGCUAGUUCCGUUAGUCUAGAUAUUUGUUUCCUUAAAAAGGAUCUAUGACAACUGUGUCUUUAUUUGCUGUGUACAAAUAGAUGAUAUAUAUAUAUAUAUAUAGUCUACAUUUGUUUUACAAUAUCUACUGUACUAUCUGAGUUGUCACUGUUCUUUUGUUUGAGCUUGUCUUUUUCAUAUGACAACUUAUUAUGAAGUGGUGGUUCAGUUACUUAGAAAAACUUGUGAGGAAACUGUUCAAUUGUUGUCAUGUUGCUUGUGGAGAAAAAAAAAAGAUUUGGAUUAACUUUCAGUUAACUACCGCGGCAAAAGAAACCGAACAAAAGCUUAGAAUAUAACUGUAUUUGUUUAGCAGUUUAUUUACUUAUCUAUUUUUUAAACUAUUUAUUUUUCUAUUUAUUUUUAUUUAUUAUAUAUUUAUUUAUUUAUUUAUUAAUUUAUCUGUGUAUUUAUGUAUUUAUUUGUUUCAUUGUCUGUGUAUUUGCGUGAUUCUGGUACAGGGAGGGGGGCGUUUCUGAGCAAAAGGGAACAAAGCGACUAGUGGAGAGGCUCUUCCAGUAGUCCACUGCACUGAGAGAACUUUUAGUACGUUUGUGCUUUGUACCAAUAUAUCAAAAUUACAAUAUAAAAAAAUCUAAAAGUCAAGAAAACUGAAAAAAAUGUCUGGAGGGUUGGGGGACGCUCUUCCCUUAUUACUAGAAACAGUUACUCGCUAUGCAUAACCUAGUUAAUAGUUAAAUUUGCUAUUGCUUUUUUCUUGUCUUGUUAAAAUGAAAUCUUUAGAUCUUUUUCAAUAAAGUUUAGUCUUAAUAGAAUGUUAUAAACAGUCGUUCUGGUUCAAUAUAACCUGUGAUAAGUUUGUGUAGUUCUAAAAAGCCACUCCGUCCACACCCUCCCUCCACUUACUACCGCUUUGUGAUGAAACCUUAUGCAAAAAUGUGGGUCUGAAAGCAUAGUUUUCAGUUUUCAGUAAACAUUUUAUAUAACAUUCAGCUCUUGGAGGCUUGGGCAGAUACAUUUUAAAAGGAGCAAAUGCCCAUUGUUGUUUGAGGGUCAUUCAUUGCACUGGACUAAAUCGGUCAAAAUCACUUAAGAGUCAAAAAUUAUUUUUAAAAAUAUUCAUCAUGUUUUCAAAUGACAUACCAACAAAUCUUUAAAAAUGAGAAAUUGUUACCAUUGCACACCAACUGUUAUUUACAGCAGUUGUUGCUAUACUUAAGUACUCUGGAGGUAUGAAAAGGGAUUGUACCGAUUCUAUAUUUUAUAUACUCUAAUAUGAUAUAUAUUAUAUAUUUUGAAAGGUGAAAGGUAAGGGAAUGGUUCCAGAAGUAUAAAUAUAAGGAAUUGGAUUUUUUUUGUUUGUUGUUAAGACUUGAAAACAUGAAGGAGGUGUGUGGAGAGCAUUUUAAACACUCAGACGCAUGCUCGCAUAGUACAUCCUUCUCUCUCACACCUCAGUCAUCUGACAGGCCGGGUCAUCUGAUAUCAUCACCAUUAUCCAAUCAUCAUCUGCGCCAUCCAAUCACAUAAGUGUUCUAGUGUCAUAACGGCAACAAACCAACCCACCAACCCACCAGACCCCGUCAUGCUCCCCGCCGCCGCCGGGAGCUUGAAUUAUGCAACGACCCCAGUAGAAUGUUGUUCUGAUGUGUGAAAUAAUUUCCUACACUGUAUGACUUUUGAACUCUUACGAUGCGUGCCUGUGUUCCGCCUAGACCCUGUGUGCACAUGGGCGUGCGUGUGUGUGUGUGUGUGUGUGCGUGCGCGCGCAUAUGUGCAUGUUUGUAUGCAUGUUCCUUUAUGUAACUGUGUGCGUGUUGUGUGUUUGUCCUCAUAUGUUUGUUAGCGUGGAGUACAUCCAGGUGUGUGUAUGUACAGUAUAUACAUAUGUUAAGUGUUUGUUAUUAUGUGUGUGUGAUUGUGCAUUUGGGUCUGUUCAGUGCACAUAUAUACAGAACGUAUGUGUGUGUCUCCCUGAGUGCAUGUGCGCGCGGGUGUGAAAGAGAUAAGAAGCACGUGCGGUUGUUGAAAAUGUGUGUGUGUGUGUGAGAAUGUGUGUGCAUGUCAGGGUGUUUGAAACAUGGGGCUGUGUCACCUCGCUCUAUGCCCAACCCCUAUGGCUCACACCAUCCCCUGUAGCGCCUUAUAGUGGCAGCCUGCCAGUAGGAACAACGCAGCCAGUAGUGGAGGAGGGAAGGUGAACAGAGGAACUAGGCUCUUCUUGUCAGUUUUCAUUUUCCUCCUGAGACGUGUUUGUUUACUAUCUGAAAAAUCUAUAAACGAAAUCUUUAAAGACAAAAAAGACGAAAAAAUGUUCACAGGGCCCCAUGACCGCGGCUCUCUCUACUCUCUCCUGCUUAUGUUAUUACUUAACAAUUAUCAAUGAUGAUUAUUAUGAUUAUUAUUGCUAUUAUUCUUAGUAUUCUUAUUCUUAUUAUUAAUCCAAUUACUGCGAUGAAUGACUUCAUGUUAUCCUUGCUAGUUUAGGUCAUUUCUGAAACUGGAAACAAAAUAAAAAUCUUGCUGUAAAUGUUUGUUUUUUCUUUUUCAUAAAACUGUUGUGUUUGAAUUAUUUGUACUUUUGAAUGUUGGGACAAUAAAAUGAGGUGUUAAGAGCU